AUGGCGGCAGAGCAAGCCAAGAUGAAUACCGUGACCAUUGACGGCAAGGAGUUUGGGACGGUCACGGAGGGAAAGGCGACCAUCUUGGUGCCCCAGGGUGCCAAGAUUGGCGAAGAUCGCGGGGAAGUUCAGCAGGUCUUCUACAACCCUAUUCAACAGUAUAACCGCGAUCUAUCGGUUCUCGCUAUUAAGACCUAUGGCGAGAUGUCAUUGGAAAAGAGAAAGGAACAGUACGAAUCAAGAAUGAAGAAGCAGGGCAAGAAGCGAAAGCGCGGCGAUGAUGUCCAGAAGCCUACCGAGGAUACCGCAAACCCACCACAGGAGGAGGCGCAAGCAACCGAGGAAGUUGCUAAGACCGACGAAGCUGAUGCUUCUCAGCCCAAGAAGGAAUACAAGUCUUCAUUCCGCAUCCUAGAUGCGCUGUCUGCGUCGGGAUUACGAGCUCUCCGCUAUGCCCAUGAGCUACCUUUUGUGACGUCCGUCAAGGCGAACGAUUUAUCCGAUACUGCUGCCGAAUCAAUCAGGAUGAACGCUAAGCAUAAUGGACUUGAGGAUAAAAUUACCGUCACCCAAGGCGAUGCACUUGCGCUCAUGUACCAUGGAAUCGCAGACGAUUUGUCCAACAGGGACAAGACCGGAAGCCCAGGUAGGGCUAACAAAUACGAUGUCAUCGAUCUUGAUCCGUAUGGAACAGCCGCGCCGUUCUUUGAUGCCGCAGUGCAGUCCGUGAGGGAUGAUGGUGGUCUUCUGUGCAUCACUUGCACGGAUAGCGCAGUCUGGGCAGGACACAGCUAUUGCGAGAAGACAUUUGCCCUUUAUGGUGGAAUUCCAAUCAAGGGAAUGCACUCUCACGAGGCUGGCCUGCGACUCGUUCUGAACGCAGUAGCCACCUCGGCAGCCAGAUACGGCCUGGCGAUUGAGCCUCUUCUCUCGCUUUCAAUCGACUUCUACACCAAGUUCUUCAUCAAGGUGACCAAAUCUCCUCAAUCGGUCAAAUUCCUUGCUUCCAAGACCAUGUUGGUCUACAGCUGUGAUGCGGGCUGUGGCGCUUGGGAAACACAGCCUAUGUUGAGAAGUAAGCCCUCGCCGAACAAGAAGGGCAGCGGUGCCUUUUUCAAGCACACCAUGGCUCAAGGACCAUCGGCCGACCGCCAUUGUGAACACUGCGGGAUCAAGAUGCAUAUCAACGGCCCUAUGUAUGGCGGCCAUAUUCACUCUACAGAGUUUAUUGAGAGACUUCUUGAACAGAUUCCCAAAGCUGACCGCUCCAUUUAUGGCACAAUGCCCAGACUUGAGGGUAUGCUGCGAACAGCCCUUGAGGAGCAUCUGCCGGGCCCUGAGAUCAAAGAGCCCGUGGAUCCUAAAGAUGCUCAGCUUGCCACUGUUGACCAUUAUCCCUUUUUCAUCAUCCCCAGUCGUUUGGCCAACGUGGUAAGCUGCGUGACUCCCAGUGAGGAUAUGUUCCGAGGAGCCUUGAUUCAUCUGGGCUACCGUACCGCCCGAAGCCACUGCCGACCAGGAAGUAUCAAGACAGAUGCUCCUUGGUCUACAAUUUGGUGGGUAGUUACAGAAUGGAUUCGACAGAAGUCGCCGGUCAAGGAGUCCAGCAUCAAGCGAAAUACGGCAGCCUGGAAAAUCCUGAGUGAUGCCGGAAUCGUCGGACAAGAGAAGUCUGAGACUGCAGAGGAGACAACUAAAGACGACUCAGCAAUGGAGGGCGUGGAGCAGCAGGCUUCUUCUGAGGCGCCUGUCGACGCUAGUACUGCGAACGCGCCGAACGAAGAUGUUAACGCCGUUCCUACCGAGCUGGAGCUGCGCAAGACGCUUGUCUUUGACGAGAAUCUCGCGCGCCUUGCACGUAGAAAGGGAGAGCAGAAGUAUGUGCGAUACCAGAUGAACCCGCGAGAAAACUGGGGACCUUUGGCCAAGGCGAGUCGCCGAUGA